AUGGUUGAAAUAUAUGCAAGCGUAAUAACUGGAUUUGAAGCAGUGGCCAUCGAGGAAAUAGAGUCAAAAUUUCACGCGCAUUCAACAAAAGGUCGAGGGCAUGUACGGUUCGAGAUCGAUCAACGCCGAAUUCCUGAGGUUUUACGUCUUCGCUCAGUGGACAACUUGUACGUGGUGCUAUACGAUUACAUUCUUGUUGGACUGAGCAGCGCGGAACAAAAGGUGUGA